AAGAACAUGAAGACUUAAAAGCCAAGUGAACUCGAUGAUGUUACUUACCUGACAUGCAAAGACAGAGAUGCUCAAUCAUGACAUUGUCACAGGUUUUCAAGAAUGGCGUCUCUUACGCCGGGAGUGUUACUGAAGCUUCUUCAGACCAUGAACUCCAAUGUCAAGGUCAGAGGAGAGUACCGGUCUGUUCUCUUGCAGGUGAUCAGCAUUGUCCCUGCUCUUUCCGGUUCUGAGCUUUGGCCAAACCAUGGCUUCUUCAUCAAAGUCUCGGAUUCAUCUCACUCGACAUACGUUUCAUUGACGAAUGAAGACAAUGAACUCAUCUUGACCAACAAGCUGGGACUGGGUCAGUUCUUCUACGUCGACAAGCUUGAAUCUGGAACACCGGUUCCUGUUCUGGCAGGAGUGAGACCGAUCCCUGGACGCCACCCAUUUGUCGGGAAUCCAAAGGACUUGAUGCAGAUGCUGGUUCCAAGUGAGGGGUCUGUGCAAAGAAAACCCAAUCAUAAGAAGGAUGAUGCAAGCUCAAAGUUGAGGGAGACGGUGAAAGCAAAAGAGGAGAAGAGUUCAAGACAUCAUCAGCCAAUUGUCAUCAAGGAAGAGAAGACCGGUGUGGCGUCUAGAUAUAUGCAGGGUGUAUCAAAUCCAAAGGCGAGUGGGUCAGAUACGAGUAGUGGCGGUAGCAGCAGCAGCAGCACAGAGGGUGAUAAUGGAGCUGGUCCGGCUAAAGGGCUUGGCGGGUCAGUAAAGGGUAAACAACAAGAACUCAGAGGUCAGGCACGUCCAGCUGGUCCUGCACGCUCUCGUCCUGAACCAGUAAAGGCAGAGUCUACUGAACCGAAGGCCAGAGAGGCUGCAGCCCGUUCGAAGGCAAUGCUGUUGAAGCGGCCAACGAGUAAGCAGGAAAAUCGGUCCAUCAGCUCCAGACCAGAUUGUGUAGGAAGGAAUGGUGAUGCAUCUGAGGCAGUUUCAUGGAGCUCUCUGCCUGUUACUCUCUCGAAACUGGGAAAGGGAAUGCUUAGGAGGAGAAAUUUGGCUGCUCUGAUAGCUGCAGAAGCACAGAGAGAGGCAUUGGCUGCUUCACAUCUUGUCAGAUGUCUCAGUAUGUUUGCUGAACUCAGUUCAGUUGCUUCACCAGAGGAUCCACACACCUAUCUCUCCAAGUUCUUCAUGCUCCAGAAUUGCAUUGACCAGUCACAUGCCACAACCUCAACAAGAGAGAAACCGCUCCAGCUUUCGUCACCAACCGAGCCUGAAAAUCGGAGCAAAAAGACCAAACAGGUUUCGAGUAAAACCACAGCGAAGAACUCGAAAUCUCCGACAGUUCUAACGGAAGCCGAAAAGCUAGAAUGGGUACAAGGAAACGGUACAGAAGAUACCAAAGAACUUAGAAACACUAUCAGUUUCGAAACAAGAAGCUGGUUCUUGAGAUUCUUGGAAGAAGCAAUAGAUGCGAGGUCUCGUGAUAAAGCUCUGGAGAACAAAGGAAAGGCAAGAGGAGGGCGAGUGCCAGAGCCAGAUAAUCAUAUCGCCGAGACACUGUCACAGCUAAAGCAAGCAAACGAGUGGUUGGAGAGAGUUAAAACCGAUCUAAACCCGAAAGAUAAUGCUCUAGCCGAGACUAUAGAGCGGUUAAAGAAGAAGAUGUACUCGUGCUUGCUGCUCUACGUAGAUUCAGCUGCAUCCGUCCUUGAGAAUCGAAAUGCUCGUGAUUAACAAGAUAAAACACGGUUUAGCUAGAUUAACAGCUGAGGAAAUACGCCGAACAUUGGUGAUAAAAUAAUUUAACCAUUAACGUGUUCUUAGUGUCUACCAACUUGGAACAACCUCCUGUAUACAAGAUGCUGAAGUAAAACAGAAAACAUGUCAAUUUAAUUUAGUUUACACAGUACUAAACAGGUAUAUGUCUAUGAAGAACAUGGUUUUUGCCAUGGUUUUCCUCAAAGAAGAUUUUUUUUUUCAGAUAAAGAAAAUAUAGAAAGCCCAAAUGAAGAGCCCUAAAAUAGUACGCAUCCAAGCAGAAAGAUGCGAUUUUUGACGACUUCUUCGACUCUAGCAUUGAGAACAAGAAACGGAAGAAAGCAUCAAACCCAUUAAUUCAACGAAAUCAGCAAAAAUCUCAGAAGAUUACGUUCUUAUACAUAACCUAGGAGCUGUAUGAUCAACGAUGGAAACGCCGAAUUACAGAGAAAGACAGAAAGGGG